AUAGUAGUUUUAGAUAAUUAUUGCGGUGUACAAGUUAUAUAUAGUUGUUAUUUGCUAGUGUUAUUGUUAAAAAUAAGGGUUUUUGUUGAUCUAAUGUUUAAUUAAACCGGACUGUAAGUACCUACCUACUUAUUUGGCACGGCACUCUGUUUUUAAUUAUCGGUAAAGUGGUGCGUGGUAGGAAACGUGACAAAAGAGGAUAAAACGGAAGUUAAGUAUUUAAAAUUGAAAGACAUAAAAAACAGUGAAAAGCGUUAAGUUUUCGAAAUAAAAGUGGUCAGUCGGUAUCAUUAGCGCGCCAGUUGUCGGGGCGACGCUUGCAGCGGCGCGGGCGUGCGCCGCGCGGGGCGCCACCAAGCUGGGCGAGCACGCGGCCAUGCUCGCAGUCGCCAUCUGCUGCAUCCUGGUGCUGCUGCUGGUCUUCAUCAUCCUCAUCAUCGUGGUCGGACAGAACAUCGAGGCGAAGGGAGGCUCCUAGCGGAGGCGGACGAGAGAGUGCGAUCAGACGUUCGUGAGCCGCGACGGCUUGACCAAUGGCACGUUCAACGCGCCCGAGCUCAUCAACCCCAACAACCACAGCCGCCAGUGCCUGUACACCUUCCUCGCGGCGCCGGGCCAACGCGCGCUCAUCGAGUUCCGCACCUUCGACCUGCGCGGCAAGCCCCCCGAUGGUGCCGCGGUGGGAGAGCUACCAGCAUGCAUGCACGAGUACAUGGACAUAUACUCGGAGAUGGCGUCACUGGAGGCGGGCGAGCUGGUGAACUCGGCGUUCGGCGGGCGCUACUGCGGGCCCAUCCCGCCGCGCCGCCGCGUGUCGCUGCACCGCGCCGUGGCGCUCUCCUUCUACACCGACAAGCCCUACACGCCGCCCUCGCUCUUCACCGGCUCCUACCAGUUCAUCAACGCCUCCGAGUUCGAGAUCGGCACGCCGGUUCCGAACACGAUGUGCUCGUUCAUUAUCGACGCGAGCAAGCGCAAGACGGGGCUGCUGCUGUCCCCCACGUACCCCGGCGUGUAUCCCAAGGAGCUCAACUGCAACUACCACUUCGUGGGGCAGCCGGGGCAGCGCAUCCGGCUCGAGUUUCGCGACUUCGACCUGUUCUUCGGCGGACCUCAUUGUCCAUUCGACUGGGUGCGCGUGUACGACGGGCCGGACAACACGUCGGCGGUGGUCGGCACGUACUGCGGCCAGCAGCGCAAUCUCGUGCUCUACUCCAGCGACGAGCGCCUGCUGGUCACCUUCUAUUCGCUGCCGCGCUCCGCCAAUACGCAGAACCGCGGCUUCAAGGGAAUUUUCGAGUUCUCUGAGAGUUUUGUUAAGUUAGAUUUUAUAAGUAAACACGACGCUGAGCACAUUAGGGGCUCCGAGUGCGACCAGAAGAUCCUCAGUAAAAAGGAAUCUUCCGGAUUCGUGUACCAUCCAAAUUAUCCAUUCCCCUAUAUACAAAAAGUUGUUUGUAGAUAUUUUAUAUAUGGUAUGCAAGAUUCACAAAAUUUGGAAAGAGUGCGACUGGAGUUUCAAAACUUUUCUAUACCAAAAUCGGACAAGCCUAAACCAGAUAGCGCGUGUUCGGACGGGUACCUGAAGGUGUACCUGCGCGGGCAGGAGGCCACGGACUCGUACGACAAGCACGACGCGGAGCUGUGCGGCGAGAGCUCGCUGGAGCCGCCCUACCCGCCGCUGCUCACGUCCGACGGCCCGCGCCUCGUGCUCGUCUUCAGCUCGGGCGAGCUGCAGGGCAGGGGCUUCAAGGCCAAAUACACAUUUGAGACUGAAUACCGCGUGCCGGGCACGGCGGCGCCUACCGGCGAGUGCGCUUUCACGUAUCGCUCGGAGGCUCGCAAGCGCGGCGAGUUCAACUCCCCGCGCUACCCCUCCAACUAUCCCUCGCGCAUGAACUGCACCUACACGCUCGACGCCACGCCCAACGAGCAGGUCACCGUCGUCUUCGACCACUUCAAGAUGAGGGCCGACGCCUGGAAUGCCACGGCUGGUCUAUACGGUGGCGCAACAUGCACGGAGGACUGGGUGGAGGCGUGGUGGACGGGGCGCGAGGGCUCGCGCGUGUCGCUGGGCCGCUGGUGCGGCGUGGCCACGCCGGGCCCGCUGCGCUCGCCGCGCGGCGCGCUCGGCCUGCGGCUGGCGCUGCACACCGACGCGGAGAACGUCGCUUCCGGGUUUAAAGCAAGAUAUGUUUUUGAGCCAGCGAAAUCAAUAUUCGGCGAUUGCGGCGGCAACGUGUCCGGCGCAGAGUGGGGCGCGAUCACGUCGCCGCGGUUCCCGCUGCCGUACGAGCCGCCCGCGCGCGGCACGGCGUCGCGCGUCUGCAACUGGUUCGUCACCGCGCGCCCCGGCAAGCGGUUGCUGCUCAAUUUUGACCACUUCGCUGUGGAGGGACAUCUUACCGAGCGCGGAUGCCCGGCAGCGGUGCUGCGGCUGUGGUACGAGUCGCCGGGGCCGCCGCUCGAGCUGUGCGGGGAGAAGGCGCCCGGCGACCGCUGGCAGUACCUCUCCUCGUCAAACUCCAUCCGCCUCUCGUUCAUAGUGGCGGACAAGUCCGUGGGCGCGGCGGGCUGGCGCGCCGUGUGGACGGAGGUGACGGUGCCGGAGGCGGGCGCGUGCCCGCGGCUGGGCGCGUGGGCGGCCGAGUGCGCGGGCGCCUGCCUGCCGCCCGCCGCCGCCUGCUCCGGCCUGCAGCACUGCGCCACCACGCCCGCCCACCGCGCUCCGCACUGUUAGUAUCCCACGCUUACACACACCACACACACACACUACACGCCCCGCGAGCAUCCGACGAGCGCCAUGAGGCCUCAUUGUUUCUGCAUUUUAAAUACAAAUUCAAAGGUAGUUGGUAUAUCCGAUACCGAAAAUAUAUAACAGUAUGCAGAAAUAGUAUUUGUUAGCAUUACUUAUACGUUUGUUGAUUAUCGAUUGAUUUGAACUGACUGAUAUGUAGUGGUGGUUGGAACAAGCAUAAAAAUAUCAAAUACGACGUUGUCUGAACAAAAGAUUUCUUUUGGCAAAAUUAAUGUGUUCCAAAGAUGUAUUUAGGAAAUGGAGCUGGCAGCGUCGUCGACUUCUGAGGAAAUAAUCAAAGACGUAAGCUUGUUUGCCUUCAACUUCAACAUUUAUUCAGCAAAUAAGCCACAAGGGCACUUUUACACGUCAACAUGGAAUUUACAAACAAGCAAAAACAAGCACAUCAACAAUUAUAAAAUACAAUUAAGUGAAAAUAUUCUUGCCAACAAUAUUAUUAUUAUUACUUAGAGAUAUGUAAGGUCUCUAAAUGUCGAAUUACAAAAAAAAAACACAAACAGUUACAAAAAAAAUAUCUAAAAUUAUUUACACUUAAGAGAUAUAUACACCUCAAAUAUCUCUAAGUGUCAGAACUAAAUGAUUAUAUAGUUUAUCAAAUUAUCCUUAGAGAUGUAUGUCUCCAAGAGGCAACAUUCAGCCACCGUAUAUAAAAAAAUGUAGACGUAGAUUUCAUCAAAAUCGGGUCAGCUGUUCUUGGUUUCCCACACAAAUGUCCACCUACCUUUUCACACCCUUAAGGUAAGGGCGUUUAUUUUUGUGAUAAGCACGAUAUUUGGGUGUUUUCUUUGUAUUUAAGUAUUUAUAUAAUAAUUAUAUAGGUAUACAUCGUUGUCUGUGGACCCACAACACAACCCUUCUUAAGCUUAGUGUGGGGCUUAGUCAAUUUGUGUAGGUAAUAAUCUCCUAUAAUAUUUAUUCAUUAUUAGUUACAUGUUUUUACUUUGGAAUGGCGUCAAUAUGACUAUAAAUGAUUUUGGCAUCCCCGACUUAUAUAAAAACGAUACCAAACUUGGCCUAGUAGCUUAAAUGAUAGAUAUCAAGAUAAAGGUGAAAGCCUCCCCUCCCCUCCCCCCUAAAAAUGUACAUCAAAAAUCCUACCAUAGGAAAUCUUUUGUUCACGCAACGCCGUAUUUUAUGAGCUGCACCUUGGACUUAUAAUACUUAUAACAGUUAUAACCGACGUUUAGAUACCUGUCGCAUAAUCUGCAACUCGAUCAGAUCACAGGUCUGAAAAUACAUUGCGGAAUGGAGAAUGCCUUUGGGCGCGAGUCGGAAGCGGGCUAUAGGUGCCUGGGUUAAAGUGAAUAUCGACCAAUUUAUAAGCGCCCACAUACUUUUACAACAUAUCUUGGUUGAUUCAUUUAAAACUUCUCGGUUUUUAAUAUUGUUAAUUUUAAGUGUUAAUUUUGUUGAUUUCACUUAAUGAAUAUCUUGAGUAUUUUGCAGCGUUUUCUUUUUACACUAAUUAGAUAGUAGUAAUAAUUAUAAAAAUGCAAUGUUUUAAUUUUUGCAAAACCAAAAUUCCUUAUUCCAAUAGUUUCAUGUCCGUUUCAUUAAAACGUUAGCGAACUAGUAUUUACUUUUAAGUGGAAAAAGGGAUUCGGUUUAAUUAGUACCUGGGUACUAAUCACAGCCACCUACUACUAGUCACAGCUAGUUAUUCCGGGAUCAAUGCACCGUAAGACUAUAAGAAGCAUUCCAGCUCGCUGCCUCUGCACAAGUCGAAUAUUAGGGUUUCUUUCAGGUGGGGACUUCUACAUUUGUGCCAAACUAUCAAUUAAACUUUAAUAUGCUAUUAAGCAUUAUGUACUUAAGCAUUUAUAUGUUUUAUUGGUACACGCAAUGGUAUAACCAGCUUCAUCAAAUUUAAGAUGUACAUGUCAUGUUAUUGGGUCAAAAUAGUUUUCUAUGGGAUUUACAAUUAAACAUAAAAAAUGAGGACAUUCAUGUUUCCCAAACAUUAAUAGCUAUACAAAGUUUGAAAUGCAUAUCUAAAAAAACAUGGACGCAAGAUGAUAUAAUAAUAUAAUAUACCUACCUACUUAAGUAUGUUACAAACCAAAUUAAGUACAUAACUUAUACUUAUUAAAAAACUAUGUUUCUAGGAUAAGUCGGUAGAUAGAAUUAACUUAUGUAAGGAAUUGUUAUUUAGAGUAUUAUUUAUAUUUAAUUACACAUUAGGUACGUAUAAACAUUUAACAAUUUAACAGAUUUUAUAAAAUGUUAAUAGUAAAGUUUAAUUGUUAACUAACGAUUGGCACCGCACUUUGCAUUCCCACUUAUGUAUGAAUUGUAUCUACACUGUUGCAUUUGUCGUCGCAUACUAGGAAAAUUAUAAAAUUAUCUAUCUAUUUAUAUCAUAACGAUGAAUGUAGCUUGUUGAAUCUUAAGUGGAGUGAGCAGGGCCGCGCGCCAGCGCUCUCCGCUGCUGCUUACUCUCGCUUUCUUCUCUAUCAUUAUAAGAUGUUGUAUCUCAACACUGUAGUAGAAUUGACAAUUAAUUAUUUCUAAAGUAUCAUGAAUAAUGUUAUGUUCACUGUAUCUACUUAUCUUCUCAGUAUCGGUGGUUCAAUGCAAUCUUUGUCUCCGGGUGUUGUGACCGCUGUUGCGUAGCGUAGAGUAGGGUAGGUGUAGUUGGCCUUAGGCGACGUUUCAGAAAUACCGAUAGAAUAUAUAUUGUUGAUGGACUAGCAGAAUAUAUUGACUAUGUUGCAAGA